AUGAAAUUUAAUGUCCUGUGCUUGUUUGUACUUCAGUUUUUCUAUAUUAUUCAAACGCGUUUUUUCGAACUCUGUAGUAAAACCACUACCGAAGAAUCAAUUCGGAACAAUUUUUCUGAAUAUGGUACAAUUGAAGACAUCUGGAUUGUGAAAAAUAAACAAUCAGGAGAAAAUAAGGGAGUUGCUUAUGUCAAAUUUUCAAAGACAAGCGAAGCCGCUGCUGCCCAAGACGAAUUAAAUGGAAAAACAAUUGAUAAUGAAGAACGUCCAAUAAAAGUAUUAGUAGCGUCAAAUCGAGAGUCAGGUUCAGGAAGAUCAGAAAAUGAAGAAGAGAGAUACUUGCGUUUGUUUACUGUAGUAAACAAACCAAUGACAAAAGAAGAGAUACAAAGUGAGUUUGAAGAAUAUGGUGAUAUAGAGUUCGUUACCUUCGUUAAGGGUAAAGUAACAAGAGAAUCGAAGGGUUUUGCAUACGUAAAAUAUAAAAAUUUUACUGGAGCUGCAAAAGCCUAUGAAAAUUGUCCCCAAAAGUAUAAAGCAGUUUUUGCUACACCCAGAUCAAAUGAUUCAUAUGAAGAUCGCAGAGCGCGACCGCUUAAAAGACCUGGAAGAGGAAUGGAUGUAAUUUUUGUUGGACCCAGUAUCGAUUAG